AUGAUACUAGCAGGAUACCAACUCGACUUGUUUUAUAAGCCCGAAGAAAUGAGCCUUAUUGCUUUGCUUCGCAAACAGCUUCUCCGCUCAAGCUUUCGUUCGGCAAUGCCUCAGAGAAAUUCUUCGGAUUUUCACAGAGAGUUGAAAGGGCAGGCCAUGAGACAAAGAUAUCCAAACUUUUCAAUGGAACUAGAGGAUCGGAACCCUGUAAUGGACAACAUUGAAUCUGAUGCCGUAGUGAAUUCAUCUGCCAAUUCUGAGGACCCAGUCAGUCUCAGUCCAGUUAGCUUAGUCAGUCGUCUCUUAUUGGAAGCUCAGAAAUUGUUGUAUCCUCUUCAACGUAGGGCUUCUUCAGAGCCAGGAAACCAGCAGAUGGACUUCACUAGGCCCUACAAUUUUAGAGUUAGUUCCUACGAUGCUGAUGAGAGCCCGAAAAGUCGAGGUGUGCGCAGAGAACGAGGUGGCCCAGACCAGCGUGAAGUGAUU